AUGACGGGCCACAUCACCCUCAGCGACAAGUACGCCAGCCUCCCAUCGGCUUCAAGCACCGCUGCAAACACCCCAGCCGCGACCGAAGACCGCCCCUUCAUCUUUCCCUCGGCUCUCUCGCGUCACACCAGCAGGCUCUCUGAGAGAACUGUCGACGAUGAGAAGGCGAAGGAGGAGAAGGACCUCGAGUCUGGCCAACAGACCCCUGCGGAGCAGUACCUUCCCAGCGUAGACUAUGUCGCCCCUGAGAAGGUCGAGAUGUCGACGCGCAAGGCAGUUUUGCUUGGAGCCGUCAUGAUGUCCACCACGUUCGUUGCUUCUGCUACCUUGUCUUCCUCUCUUCUCUGUAUCCCCAGCACAGCUGCUGAUCUCGGCGUCACUGAGCUUCAAGCUCAAUGGGUGUCUUCGGCAUACUCUCUUGCAAACGGUGUAGGUCUCCUGGUGAGCGGCCGUUUGGCCGACAUCUAUGGAAGAAAGAUGCUUUUCCUUCUGGGCAUGGCUGCCUUUCUGGUCAUGAAUGUCAUCUCUGGCGUGAUCAGAAGCUACAUCGGUGUUUGUGUUCUCCGCGCUCUUGCUGGUCUUUCCAUCUCCAUUUCCCUUCCGGCUGCUUUCGGUAUCCUGGGUGUCAACUUUACUACCGAACCCAGGAGGACGAUUGGCUUUGCUGCUCUCGCUCUUGGCUACCCUGUGGCUGCUGCCGUCGGCCUCGUCAUUGGAGGUGCCAUCUCUGGGGUCAGCAGCCGAGGAUGGCAAUACGUCUUUUUCGUUGACGCCGGGCUUGCGCUUCCGUCAUUGAUCGGUGGUGUCUUCCUCAUCCCCGCCGAACCUGCCAGGAGAAGCAGUGUCGCCAAUCGCAAGGUCGACUGGGUCGGCGCCUUCCUUGUGACUGCCGGUUUGAGCCUUUUCAGUUUCGCGUUGACCCAGAGUGGUGUCGCUGUCAAGGGCUGGUCUGAUCCCUACAUCCCCGUGGUGCUCGUCAUUGGCCUCGUCCUUAUCGUCGUCUAUGGCUUCUGGGAGCACUGGCUCGCCAACAACUCCACCACUCCACCUCUCACCCACCUCUCUAUCUUCACCCGCCAAAACUGGAAAGUAACGGCCAUCCUCAUCGUCGCCUUUUUCGCCUACAUCCCCAUCUCUGGCUGGCUUUACCUGACCACCAUCUGGUUCCAAAACUUCAAGAACGACACGCCUAUCAUGAAUGCCGUGCAUAUCAUUCCCGCCCCGAUCUUUGGCGUGGGAGCGUGUGUGCUAGUGCCGUUGCUGGCGCCAAGGGUGAGGGCACCGGUGCUUCUUAUGAUGGGUAGUAUCUCGACGGGUAUCGCCACUGUGCUUUUUGCGGUCACGCAGGACUCGACUAUCUGGUGGUCUACCCCAUUCUUGUCUACCGUCUUUGACCCUCCCGGAGCAGACCUUACCGUCGGCAUCGGAAGUGUCCUCAUGUCCAACCUCGUCGACGAAGACGAACAAUCCCUCGCCGGUGCCCUCUUCCAAACAUCCCUUCAAAUCGCCAGUACAGUCGGCAUCACCGUCGCCUCGCUCACCCAAUCCGAGAUUGCCGAGAAGCACGGCUUGCUCAAGGGGCUGCAAGACUCGUUCUGGUUGAUGAGCGGGUUCUGCUGGUUGAGUGCGAUCUUGGCGAUUGUGACGUUGAGGGGAGUCGGACUGGCGAAGGAUGUGGGAAAGAAGGAGUAA